ACAGAGAAUGACAAAAGCUUCAUCUAAAGCAACAACCUCAAUCUUCAACUCAAUGCUAGAGACUACUUCAUCUAUGGAUUUCCAGAAAUUAAUGAUUCAUAUAUGUCCUGCUCCUCAGUUAUCUGCUGGCUUCGCCGUUCUUCAACACGUGUUGCUUUCUCUACUCCUACAAAUAUCGAUAUCUCCCUCUUUAUCUCUAAUUCCUCGUCUGCCGCGCCGCCACCGCUGUCGAAUCACCGCCGGUCAACGUCUCCAUCUCUUCACACUCUUUCUUAUGUUAUCACGCAUUUUUCUUCCUUGCAUGUUUCUUAUCUUUUCUGGAGUUACCCUCAUCAUCUCCCUGGUUACUGCACAUUUGAUGUUUGAUUGAUUGAGUUAGAUUGGAUUAGAUUGUUGUUUUCAUGUAUUUGGCUUGCAAAUGAUUGAUUUGACAGUGGUUCGAGUUGCUUCACAGCUUUGUUUGAAUGGAGAAACAGAAGAAUCGGAGACAUGUAUUUCCAUUGACGCGUUUGCAGUUCGGGGAUUUGCAGUCUUACCUUUCACAUCUUAACCUUUUCCUGCCCCCUGAAAGUAAGAAGAUCUAUAUUCUGGUGGACAACAGACCAUGGUUGAGAAACCUUGGAUUACAAUCUGCACACUUAUGGCAAUUUAUGGUCACUAAGUCCAGGUUAUCCCCAUUCGCCAACACUAAAACCAGGAAGGAGAGAAAGAACAGGAUGAAGUCAACCUCCUCAGAACCAAAUCCUCUUCAAUUACCAAAAAGAUUCAGACAAUUGUCCUCUUUAAUUGAUGCUGCAACAUUAUCUAGAAAAAAGGCUCUACUGCCUGUAAAGAAAUUAAAGAAGUCAUUAAUUUCGAAUAGCAAGUUGGAUAGAAUAUUGUACGGAUUCAUCGUCUUUGAAGUUGCUUGGAGUGAUGUCCACGGUAUCAACUAUUUGAAUGAACUUCAGACCGAUACAGCCCUAGCUAUACAAUCUAAAUUUAUGAGACGAUGGGAAUUUGAUAGUAUAGCUAAAGCUGCCAAAUGCAUUUCUUCAUGGUUCUCUGGAACAGAACAGGAACAACAACUCCUCUUGGAACAUCUGGAGUCAAGUCUAGGCGAAGUUUUCUAUGAUGCUUCCGAAGGAUUUACAAGAAAUGGAAGGGGUGAAAAUGAUGAUGAAAGCAAUUGUUGUGAAAAUAUUUGUUAUGGGGCACAAUCUUCCCAUAGUUCCAAAGUAUAUCCAGAGUUUAUGGAAACAACCUUGUGUACACAGACUUCUCCCAGCCAAAGAAGAACAAGCAUUAAAUAUGUUCAUCCUGAAAUAUCAGGUGGUAUGUAUUUGGAAGAACCUUGUGACGAGCCAGUUCAUUCACCAACAAGUGACUGUGAAGAUGAGGUUGAAGCUAUUCACUACAAGGAUGUGUUGAUUCUUUUCCGCUUCAAUGACCCUGACCUCCCAUUUGAAUUAAGGAAUAUUAUCUUAUGUGAUUUACGACUACUAACUCUGCUGGAAUCUGGACUUCCAUCUUGGGUUAUUUUCUUUCAGUCAUACCCUGUUUUUUCUCAUCUCUACCGUCCAUGGAUGUGCCCUUUAGCCAGAGCUUUAUACGUGUUUAUUUCUGUUGUGACUGUGUUGAUUGGGUUCUACGAUUUAUACAAAAACAUCCCCGUUCUGAAGGCAACUGCGUCUCGUUUAUGCGGGCCUCUUUUUAAUUGGAUUGAAAGGUGGGAAAUGAUAUCGAGGAUCAAGUACUUGGGUACAAUGCUGUUUCUGCAUAAUUUUGAGAAGGCUGUUAAAUGGGUCGUGUUGAUGAGUCGUGCAACUAAGUCAUUCAUUUCCCUUUUUACAAAGCCAAUGUCCGGGCCAUUAAUGGAGGGCUUUGAGUUACUCCUUCCUGUUUCGAAUGCAAUCACAGAUAUGAUAGAUGGAAUCUUCUCAGUCACAUGUUUGAUCAUAGGUUCCGCUUACAAUCUAAUGGAGACGCUUGUGGAGACCAUGUUGUGUCCGGUUUGGUUUACUCAGUCAGUCGUGACGAAUAUUGUAAUGUUCAUGAUAUAUCCUAUAUUCUGCAUACUUUGGGAGAUCGUAUGUGCUCCAAUACGCUUGACCAUUGGAUUGUUCAGCUUCAUGACCAGUGUUUGUACUAUCAUCUAUAAUUCUGUUGGAGACGCAUCCAUGUUCAUGAGUAACAUGUUGAGCUUAGCUUCAGAGGCUGAGGCUACAAUGACCACUUAUGAAGCUUCCAUAUGGCGUUCGUUAUGGAAUGACCUCUUUUCAAAGGUGUUUCGAUCCAGCAGGAGCAUUUUAAACGGUUUUGUUGCUUUUUUCUCAGCCUGCAACAGACACAGGCAUAGUAUUUAUAACCAUGUCGUGAAGUUUACAAGGAGAAUAUUGCGUCAAAUAAAUCCACUAUUGGAUCGUAACCUCAUUUCUGGGAGACAAAAUACAUUGACUUUUUUUGCAGCCAAUGACAGGUAGAUUUGGAGCAAAACAGUCAAGCGAAUGACAUCAACAACCACUGGGGUAAAUUGAACCAUAUAAUAUAAUACAAAUUUACAUAGGAAAGUUGGGUCAAAGGUUGAUUAUUAUUAGUCGGACGGUCCAUCAAAUAAGAACAAUUUGAUAAAAAAAAUGGAUGAACAUCCUUGCAUAUUUUAAAGGAUGUUUGGUCCUCUCCUGUAAAUAAUGCAUAUUCUUGAAACAUUUAUAUAUUUACUUUUUCUUCUCCC